ACGGGGUGGAAAACUGAAGUGCGUUUUAUCAGUUUUAUUAUAAAUAAUCAGUGCGGAGUGCUUCAGGAAUAAAUUAUUUUAUUAUCUGUUUAUGAAAUUACCUAAUACCUAUUAAUAAACAAGAAAAUAAUAAUUUGGUUUAAGAGUGCACAACGUGUUUUUGUAAGAAAAUUAUAACAGCUAAUAUUUUGUAUCAUGUACUGAUUAAUAAAAUAUAGUAUUGAUUGUCGGCUAAGAUUAUAAAUUAUAUAAUAAGAAUAAUAUGUUAAUUUUGGCUUAAUUAAAACUAUCUACUUCAACAUGGAAAUUGUGAACAAAAUCAAAUUAAUGUUUGCCAAGAUUGCAGAAGCUGAUUACGUGAUGAAUAAUUAUUAUGUUGAAAACUUAUUUACUAAAUUAAGUAAUGAUGAUCCAGAAGUGUUAUACCUAAAAUCAUUACCAGCACUUACGGAUUUGUUGCUAGAAGCACUUAACAGCAAAAAUACCUACCACAGUACAGUGAAAGUAUUUCUUGUUAAGUUGCUAGCCUUUCUGUCGCAAAGCGAAAUUAAUUUCACUAAAAUCAACACCAAAAUAGGUUGUGAUCUAACAGAAGCAUUUAACCAAAUAAAUGCUACAGAAAUUAAUCCAAGCUUAAGAGUUGCAUACAUGGAAGUGGCAUUAGCUCUCCUCCAGCAUAAUUCAGGUGUUCACUGGUUGCUUGAAUCAGGUGCAUGGCGAAAUAUUCUCACACUCUGUUAUGAGAAGCGUACAGUUUUCACACUAAGGCAGACUUACAGAUAUGUCUCGUUGUUUGUUUGGAAACUAAAGGACUUAGACAACGACGCUGGCGUCAAGAGUGUUCUAGAAUUUAUUCUGAGGCCUAUGUCAGAAACAGAUUUAAUUCGGAAAGAAACAAUAAGUAGCGAAGAGGAGGAUGAAAUAUGUAAAACUUUUGAACCAAUGUUACAAAUGUUAUUAAGUGUUAUUAGUAAUGAAGAACAAAUUAGAUCGCCUAACUGUAUCGUUCACUACUUAUUAAAUGAAUUCAAAGUGAUGACAUAUUUAUAUGUGAUCUUAGACCGACUGAGACGAGAGGAUAUUUGGAUUAUGACAACGAAACUGUUAUUCUGGUUGGUAAUUAGCAAGAUUUUUUUGAUAAAACCGAUGACUCCACAUACGAAAUACGAAAAAGAAGAUCUAAUGGAGGUGAUCGUGACAUAUUUUAAUACUAUAAACAAAAUAAUACAACGCCGAUACGUAACACUAGUGUUUGAUUACAGCAAUGCGUGUAACUUAAUAUGGGGACGCGUCUGGGUAGACCAGACUCUCGAGCCUUUGGUUUGUAACUACAAUGAUAAAGUAAGGAAACGACAACUUCAUAUGCAAUUGCUGACGAUAAAUCUCGUUCCGUGUCUAGUGUUUGUUACGAUUGGAAGAAAAAGUCCAAUGAGUGGAGGAAGCAUUGAUCGAGUGAAUGAGUUUAUCCUCGAGCUGAUGCAGUUGAGCUGCGAGCAUACGGCGCGUACGGUAUACGCGUUGCGUGAUCUGAUGCAUCAGCUAGAUAUUCCAUCUGUAACCCUGCAAAGUGUAAGGCGGCUGACAUGUUUGAAGAAUCAUUUGAAUAACGAGCAAGCUAAUUUGGUAUUUCAGACGAUGUUCUAUGUGCUAAAGGAGUUUGAUCCGAUCGAUGAGUACGGUGAAACGAAGCCUGGUCAAACCUAUGAAGACGAUCAUGACAGAUUUUCUGUACUGGCUUAUGUUAUGGAUACGCUGCUAUAUCUGGUCAACAAUUACAAUAUAAAUUGGCAUGACACUGUGGAAGUGGUAUGUCUACAUACUGUUGUGUGCAAUAUUCUGAAGAAACCCAAUUUGACUUGUAAGUUCAUAGUGAUCGCGCUCAGCAUGCUCUCCACCACCGUGAAGAAGUUCCUGCACCCGAACCUGUCGCUCCUGUUGGACACCAAGCCCGGCUCCAGCCUGCACGUCAUCGGGAAGCUCAUGUAUCUCAAGAUGCACGACCUCAACUGGGAGAUCAGGGACAGUGCGCUCGAGCUGUUGCUAGUCUGUACUGAGAUCUCCUUUAUAAAAUUCCCAUCGCUACAGAAGCAGAUCCUCUCGAAUAAUCUGAUAAACGUGGCGAUGUCUAUGGCGCUCAACGACCACGAGUACUACGUGAGGGUGUCCGCGCUCCGCUGUGUCGGAGCCGCCAGCAAGGUGGCCGCGCUCUGGGUGCAGCUGCAGGCAGAGUAUCCGAACGUACAGGACUUGCUGAUAUCUAUAUUAAGAAAUAACCAAGAAGGUAUCGUCCGGAAAGAAGCCUGCAACGUCCUCUGCGACAUUUAUCAGAACAUUAAACAUCCACCGAGUCAACAAUCUGUUCUCUACGAACAUUUAGUGGCGGCGUCUCUUGAUGACUUCCAUUGGGAGGUCCAACUGAGCGCGCUCAAAUUCUGGAAGUGUGUCAUCCAAUCAUUCCUAAGAGAGCAGGGAAUGUUGGAUGGAAAGUUUCCCCGAGUGACGUUUUCAAAAGAAUCACGAAAAAUUGUCACCUUAACGGACAAAGAAUUACAGAAGAGAUUGACUAAGACACUUGAUGAAUUAGCUUCUAUCGGUUGCCUCACUGUACUGGUUAAACUUCUGCAUGACGAUUCAGAGCUCGAAGUUAUGGAUCUAGCUUUAAGUAUAUCUACAGAACUAUUUAAUACUCUUGAGAGGUAUAAAGUACCUGGAAGCUUACGACCAAAUGAACAAGACCCAGCUAGUAUAGAUGAAUUGUUUAAACAGAAAAAUCAAGAUCAAAUGGAGCUAGACCGUUGUAAGGUUGAAAGUAUAGGAGAUCCAGAAAAUAUUAUAGAAGGCAUUCUGGGUUCAGAUGAUAUGAGUUUACUAGCAGAUAUGUAUCAGAAACAUAUGAAUAUAGAAAACGUAGAAGCAGGUACGGAAGUUAACAAAAAAAUAUUUAAAAUUGCGUCUCCAUAUAUAUUCGUAACGUUUAUGAGACAGAAUGAUUUCAAACGUGUUAUUGAGCAGAAAAGAAACUGGAGGGAUGGUAUACGAAGUGUAUCAUCCUUGUUAGAUGAUAUAUUAGGUAUAUAUGAAGUAAAUAGUGAGGCUAAUGACUUAGAUUGUUAUUGAGAUAAAAAAUACAGAAGAGAUUGAGUUAAGAAUUACAGAAUAACAAUUAGUUCAAUGUGUACCUAAUGAUGUAGGUAUUAAAGUAUUGUUAGCGAAGCAGGGACGGAUUGUGUUAUCUGCUCCAAUAAGAUAUUUUAUAACGUUAUUGUUUGUUGGAUUUUUAUUAAUUAUAGGUACUUUUAGAUUUUCUAGUAUUAGAAGUACGGCCAUACAAUAAGGUGUAAGUCAGAUCACACAGCGCUAUCAACCUACAUUUAUAUUCACCUAGAAAAUGCCUCUCUUUCUAUCGCGUAACGUCGUACGCUACCUAUAUAAUGUCAACUUAUAAAAAUAUCUUAGUUUUUUCUAUAAAAUAAAUAGGUAUGUAAUCGUAAUUUUAUAUAUAUUAAUGUAUGUGUUGGAAGACCACGACAUUCAAUAUUGUUCAUUUUUCCUUUAAAAUGUAGGAAAUAUUGAAAUAGUUAGGUACAACAAACUCAGCGGGCUUUCUUUCUUAAAACAAUAUGGUUACAAAGUAAUGUCGUACCAAUAAAACUACGGCCGCUCCGUUCCCAAUCUGGUAUCAUUAAGAAAGUCAUUUAUGUUAUAGUGACCUUUACCACACAAACGUUUUUUUAACAAUUCUUGUGAAUUUCGUAAUACUUUUGUUGUAAAAGUAUAUACAUCGCCCCACAAAAAACUUACUAACUCCACUUAUCCGAGUAGUCGGCAUUAUAAGUUUAUGUCUGUUCCUGGUGUUAACAUUAUGAUUAUGUGCCUAUGUACAUACAUUACGUUAUCAAGAAUAUAUUGAGAUGCAACAGUCAAGAUGAAUCUUUAAAUUUUGCUCUCAAUGAUUAUUUAGGACCAAACACAAAUAUUGUAUUAAUAUCGGCAACGUCGCCCCAUAGUCAUAUAUCAUAGGGCAUAAUACUAUGGAAAUAAAUGAAUUACAUUCGUCGCGACGUAUCUAUGUCAGUUUAUACAUUCAGUCCAUUUAACAAAACACUUGCAUCUACAUUUUUGACAUUUGGUACGGUAAAUUUUAUAUACUUCGUUUUCUUGCUAUUAAAAUAGGUUAUUAGCGCUAAACCAGUACACGAAUGUUAAAUAGAAUAUAGCUCACUUCAUAACUCGUCAUAUAUAACUUCUUUUCACUUUGAAUAUCAGUAAAGUGCUGUCCGUACUCAAUACUAUCUUAUGUUUUAUUUCUAUAAGAUCAUAAGAGGAAAGGUCGUCCAAGAAAAGAUCCUUGUGGUAUUCCCAAUUUUCCAGAAGAAGCCACUCAGCAACACUGGUGGAGGAGACAAGUGUUUGAGAUAGAAACAGGAAUAUCAGAAAAAAUAAGUCAAAAGCAGAAGCAACUUCCUGCUGAGAUUGAAUUACUCUAUUGUUUAUUGAUACCUAGAUUUUAUUCAAUGUUGCGGUCUUUCAUUCUUCCAGAUUCCCAGUUAAUAACAUUCCAUUCAAGUCAUCUUUAUUUUAUUUAGUGCAUCUAUAUUUAAAUAAGUAUAAACUUUUUUAAAUAAUUAAGAGUAUUUUUUAACUUCAAUGAUAUUACAGUAUUUAAAGAGGAAGAUGCAUCAUGAUUACAUAACAUGGUACUUGAACGGUUAGCUCAGUUGGUUAGAGUACCGGCACGGAACGCCGGAGGUCGUGGGUUCGAAUCCCGCAUCGGUCAUAUAUUUUGUUUUUCAAAUUUUAUUUGUGUAUUAAUCCUAGAAGUGAGGGUUAUCACUUUAAAAACAACAUAUUGUUUAGAUUUAAAAGAGCGACAUCUCACGCCAAUUUCCUAAUAUGCAAAUAUUGGGGUCGAGCAGGUUAUCAACUGUAAAGUAGAUCCUGUAGAUGAAGCCACAACCUGAGAAUUGAACAAAGCAAACAGAAUUUUAUAACGAGGCGGUACUUGAACGGUUAGCUCAGUUGGUUAGAGCUCCGGCACGGAACGCCGGAGGUGGUGGGUUCGAAUCCCGCAUCGUUCAUAAAAUUUUGUUUAACAAAUUUUAUUUGUGUAUUAAUCCUAGAAGUGAGGGUUAUCACUUUAAAAACAUAACAUAUUGUUUAUAUAACAUAUCAUACAUAUCAAUGGGAUUGAUAUUAUAAUUGAAUAAAUCAAAA